UUUAUGAGAUCUUACUUCACGCAGAUUACGAUUCCUCCUUAAACUAGACAUGAAUUGCCGACGUUUAGCAAGGACGGCAGCUAUUUGUCCUUUUCUUUUCUUAGUAGGGACAACAGCAGUGACCCUUUUAGUACUUAGCCGUUUGGAAGGUUGGCCGAUUUUAUUGGUCGUAUAUAGUUCGCAAUGAUACGUCUAAUGUAUUUCUUAAUCUUUGUGUCCAUUCCCUUUCACUUCGUUUCCAAAUGUCGCUCAAUGAGCGUGAGCAACUUUGGGGCUUAGGCCUGAAACAUUGGUGGACUAUUAGUCUUUAUGGCAGUUCACAAGUUUAAUUUGUCGAUAGCAUGAGAUUUAGGUAACUUCUCUACAUUUAUAUCUGUGUGUAUUGUAGGAACCAUACCCUGUUAUUACAUGAUGCACCUUUACCUCUACACCUGGGUUUCAAAUUUCAAGUAUUGGAAGAAAGUAGUGACGAAGUAUUAUUUUUGAUUUUCUGGUCACCUGCACGGUAACACAAGGUAGCAGACUAGUCUUCAGAUAUUAUGAAUCCCCCUAUGUUACACAGAUGUCUAUGAUCUCUCUCUCUCUCUCUGUUCACCAAAACAAUAUGUGUAGCUCGGAUAAAUAAGUGCACAUGUUAUACAAGUAUUAUUUUCUUUUGCAGUGAAUGCUAAUAGCAUCUUCAUACGAUUUGCACGGAGGACUACACUAGCUAGUCUUAAAAAAAAACAAGACCACCGGGCAACUCUGGCCGGCCAGAAGACGCCACAUUGCUCUAGUCACUGAGCUACUAGCUCAUCCACACACUAGCUCGUCUUGCUGUUUCAAAUAUGGUAUUCAUCUUUAUGGAAGAUGACACUAAGCUUUUUCUGUAGUUCAGUGGGAGUUUGGUAAACCUUCAACAUGUCAGCUUCUGUAAUUUGACCAUGUCGUUGGUGCUAGGACAUCUGUAGCAGCCCAUGUAGGGAAUUUGAGAUUCAAUGGAAUAGAAUGUGCUACAGUGCUACUACAGGAAGGGUUAAGUCUUAAGAAUGUUUGGUUUGAUAUAUUGCUUUUCGAAUUAUUCUCUGGCCAUCUCACACUCAACAAAAUCAGGUAUUGUUCAACUUCUGGUGGAAAACUGUUACUUUUUUCCUGUAUAUGGUUUCAACUUAUUGUGAGAUUAGUCAGUCGAUGACUAAAUGAGGGAUUUUUAAGGGAGCAAAUUAGAACCCACCUACGCCUCUUAUGUUGGACAUUUUCUGCACUUGGAGCCUCUGUAGAUCAAUUAACUAUAUUUUUGAAGUAAUUCCUCUCCUCUGUUGGAUAUUGUCUACACUUGGAUCAUUUAUGGAGUUACAAGAGCAUCUACAUGCCUGGUCCCUCCAAAACGAGCAUACACAAGUGUGAGCCAUGCCACAGGUAGGCAGACAAGCAGUAAGCAGGAGGAGGAAGAAGAAGAAGCGCCAUGGCACUUGGAGUCUUUGUAGAUUGGAGGGGAAACACCAUUAAUAGAAAGGUGCACGGCGGAGUCAGAGCAGCAUGGUUUUUGUAUGUUCUGACUGUGAUAACAAACGUGGUUAUAGUCCCAAACGUCCUGAAUAUGGUUACUUAUCUCCAUGGAACAAUGCAUAUGGGGGUUUCAGGCUCCGUAACUACAGCCGCUAAUUUUUUCGGUGCCACAUCCGGGUUUGCAAUGAUCGGAGCUUUCAUCUCAGACUCCUAUGUUACUCGUUCUAGAACUAUGCUCCUGUUUGGUCCAUUUAUGUUUCUGGGAUAUGGGUUGCUCGCACUACAAGCCUACUUACCCUCCCUGCAUCCACCACCGUGCAAUAUUGAAGCAGAAGUAAACAACUGCAAAGAGGUCCAUGGCCGGGACGCUGCCUUAUUGUACAUAGGCUUGUAUAUGAGUGCAUUUGGUGAUGGUUGUAUACGUUCUUGCUUGUCCUCCCUUGGAGCAGACCAGUUUGACCAUGAAGAUCCCACUGAAUCUCGGCAACAGUCCAGCUUCUUUAACUGGUAUACCUUCGGGAUUUCCUUUGGAGGCUUUGUAGGGCUGAUUCUCAUAGUGUGGCUCCAGAAGUAUAAAGGGUGGGAUAUCGGAUUUGGGUUGUGCGCUCUCCUAAUUCUUCUCGGACUGCUCAUAGUUGCUGCUGGUUUCCCCUUCUACCGCAACCAAGUACCAGAAGGAAGUCCUCUAACUCGAGUACUGCAGGUUCUUGUGGUUGCAUUCAGGAACAUGAAGCUUGAAGCACCUGAAAAUCUGGAAGAAGCACGGAAAAUCAAUCCCGAGGCGGGAACAGUUUCUAUUGAUGCAUACUCUCAAACAAAUAGUCUGAAAUUUCUCAACAAAGCUUGCAUCAACCGUGGUAAAAGUGGAGCCUGGUCAGUUUGCAGUGCGACGAAGGUGGAGGAAACUAAGAUUGUGCUUCGUUUUCUUCCGAUCUUCAUCAGCUCCGUGUUUGGAUAUAUAUCAAACAUUAUCAUCUUCACAUUCACAGUGCAGCAAGGUGGUAUGACAAACACGAGGCUGGGCAAGAUCCAUGUUGAACCAGCGACGCUCUUCGCCAUCCCCGUAAUAUUCCAGAUGCUAAUUCUUGCCAUCUAUGAUAAAUUCAUUGUGCGGUUAUUGCGAAGGCGCACAGGGUACAUUGGUGGCAUCACCCAUUUGCAGCGCAUAGGUAUAGGCUUCGCCGCCAUGAUACUUUCCUGUGUCAUCGCAGCGGUUGUUGAGAAAAAGAGAAAGGAAGCUGUUGAGCAGAUGUCCAUUUUCUGGCUUACACCUCAGUUCUUACUGCUCGGCAUGUCAGAUGUAACAUCAUUCACUGGGCUCCUUGAGUUCUUCAACAGUGAAGCGCCACGGGGAAUGAAGUCAAUUGGCACGGCAUUGUUCUGGUGUGAUCUAGGGCUUGCGUCAUUGAUGGCCACAUUCCUGGUGGAUGCUGUAAACAGGGCAACAAGGCAUGGUCACCAGCGAGGCUGGCUAGAGGGUACAACCUUGAACAGCAGCCAUCUUGACUGGUUCUACUGGGUUGUGGCUGUAGUCGGAUUGCUUGGCUUCUUCAACUACCUGUACUGGGCGAAGAAGUAUGUGUACCGGAACAACCAACGCACCACUAAGCCAACGGUAUGCAUUGAGCCAAUGGGUGAUCAGGUUUCACUUUGAAUUAUCAACAUAUACUCGGUAUCUUACUUUGGAAAACAGAAGGCUGUGUGAUUCACCAUGUCAUGGACUAGUCAAGCUUGGAAAGUGAAGUAUAAGCCUGCAGCAGUACUGUGCUGGCAUGUGCUGAUCGGCUGAAUUAAUCCUCCAUGCCAGAAGAUUUGGAUUUCACCGUAGUAUGCAGCGUGUUCCAUGGUUUUCUUCGUUGCGAAGUAAUAUCC